CGUGCGCUCCGGGCGCUCGGCACCGCCGCCUGCCCUCCCUGUUUGCUUUCAGGGUGUUUGCAGAGCAGCCGGGUCAGUCUCGCCCAGCAGCAGCCCAAGGAGGCGACACGGAGGAGGGCUGGAGCAUAUUGCCAGCUCACCCACCGCACAGUCCUUCCCACCCCCUUUUCCUUCACCAGGCACCUGAGAUAUUCUUUCUCCCGUCUCUUUUCCCACCUGUCCCCACUCCGCCCCAUCACCAGCUCACCUUGUCUCGGGCAGGCGGCAGGCAGACAUGCCCUACCUGUACCAGGACUCGAAGCCGCGGCCGGCGGCGCAUCCCGGGGCCGCCCGUGGCACCCAGAGCUCGGGAAAGGGCUACGAGCAGCUGAAGAGAGAGUGCCUGCAACGGGGAGUCCUUUUCGAGGACCCCGACUUCCCCGCCUGCAACUCGUCUCUCUUCUUCAGUGAAAACCCACCCAUUCCCUUCGUCUGGAAGAGGCCUGGGGACAUUGUCAAAGACCCCAAGUUUAUCCUUGGAGGAGCCACCAGGACUGACAUUUGUCAAGGGGAUCUUGGUGACUGCUGGCUACUAGCAGCCAUAGCUUCUCUCACACUGAAUGAAAAAACACUAGCAAGAGUGGUGCCACUGGACCAAAAUUUUGGGCCAGAUUAUGCUGGAAUAUUUCACUUCCAGUUUUGGCAGCACAACGAGUGGCUGGAUGUCGUGAUCGAUGACCGACUACCCACCUUCAAGGGCAGGCUUGUUUUCCUGCACUCAGCUGAACUCAAUGAAUUUUGGAGUGCCUUACUAGAGAAAGCCUAUGCCAAGUUGAAUGGCAGCUACGAGUCUCUGAAGGGUGGCAGUACAAUAGAGGCCAUGGAGGAUUUCACUGGGGGUAUAGGAGAAAUGUAUGAUGUUAAGGCGGCUCCUGACAAUUUCUAUGAAAUCCUAGAAAAAGCCCUGAAAAGAUGCUCAAUGGUGGGCUGCUCCAUUGAUACCAGCAGUGCUGCCGAGUCAGAAGCCAGAACCCCGUUUGGCCUUGUGAAAGGCCAUGCAUACUCUGUGACUGGCAUUGAGGAGGUGAGCUACAGGGGCCGGCAAGUGCGGCUGAUAAGGAUAAGGAACCCGUGGGGACAGGUGGAGUGGAACGGCCCUUGGAGUGACAACUCUGCAGAGUGGAGCUCCGUCAGCCCAUCGGAGCAGAGACGCCUGUCGCAGGCAGCACGGGAGGAUGGAGAGUUCUGGAUGAAGUUUGAAGAUUUCAAAGUGCAUUUUGACAAAGUUGAGAUCUGCAACCUGACUCCAGAUGCCCUGGAAGACAGCACUGCCCACAAAUGGGAAGUGACCAUCCACCAGGGAAGCUGGGUCCGAGGAGCCACCGCAGGAGGAUGUAGAAAUUUCCUAGAGACUUUCUGGACAAAUCCACAAAUCAAGCUGCAUUUGACAGAGAAGGACGAUGGACAGGAUGACUGCACAUUCAUAGCAGCGCUGAUGCAAAAGGGUCGCCGUAAGCUCAAGAAGCUUGGAGCUGAAAUGCUGACCAUUGGCUACUCCAUAUAUGAGAGCCCUGGCAGAGAUGGGCACUUGGGCAAAGACUUCUUCAGGUACCACCCCUCCAAGGCCAGGAGCAAAACCUACAUCAACUUGAGGGAAGUAUCCCACCGAUUCAAGCUGCCUCCGGGUGAUUACAUUCUUAUUCCAACCACAUUUGAGCCGCACCAGGAGGCAGAUUUCUGCCUGAGGAUCUUCUCUGAGAAGAAGGCCAUCACUGAGGAUCUAGAUGAAAACGUUGCCAUUGAUCUCCCUGAGCCUCCACACCCAACCCCAGGCCCACAAGAAACUGAAGAAGAAAAGCAGUUCCGAGCACUGUUUGAGCAGAUUUCAGGAAAGGACAUGGAAAUAUCUGCAGAAGAACUUGAAUAUGUUCUGAAUGCGGUAUUAAAAAAAACAAAGAACAUAAAAUUCAAGAACUUAAGUCUCAUUUCAUGCCGAAAUAUCAUUUCUCUCAUGGAUACCAGUGGCAACGGGAAACUGGAAUUCAGUGAGUUCAAAGUUUUCUGGGAAAAAAUGAAGAAAUGGAUAAGUAUCUUUCUUCAUUUUGACUUUGAUAAGUCUGGCUCCAUGUCCUCUUAUGAGCUUCGUGGUGCUCUUAAAGCUGCAGGAUACCAGCUCAACAAUUACCUGCUGCAACUGAUUGUCCUCCGGUACUCUGAUGAGCAGUUCCAGAUUGAUUUUGAUGAUUUUCUGAACUGCCUGAUACGCCUGGAGAAUGCAAGUCGAGUAUUCCAAGCACUGAGUGCGAAAAACAAGGAGUUCAUUAACCUGAAUAUAGGCGAGUUCAUCAACCUGGCAAUGAACAUCUGAAGAAAUCUGAUUUGGAUGCCAGGAGUUUCUUGUGACUUUGCUGCCAAGACUUUUGCCUCAAGAGCUGAGGUCCCUUUCACAUGCAAACUUCACCAGGAGAUUUCCUGCAGAGAAACAUGGAUACUGCCCCCCUUUCUGUUCUCCAGCCCUGUGGAUGAGUUCAGGUGUCAGAUCAUGUGUGUUUGGUAGAGGCUGACACCGGAUUUGGCACUGAGCAUCUGGAUGGGGCACACAUGCCUCUCAAGCAGGCUGAAACUGUUGUCCCUGAGUGACCACAGGUUUUUAUGAAACAGGAUUGUGUUUAGUUUCAGCAUAGCAUGGACUACAUUGAUUAAAAGUCUUUAUUGCUGCUUGGCUACUGAUUACUGUAAGGUGCUU